ACUGCUUCCGGUAUCUGCUUUGUCCAUUGGGGUGUGACAGGUCUGCCAAGGCCAAGGGAGCGAUCCCUGCCUGGGCCGCUUGUGCAGGCGGUGAGCUAAAUGCAACUCGGAGAGGCGGCUAUAAAUAGCCGUUCAUUGUCAGUGUGUGUGAGAAGACAGGAGUGAGUGUGCUGAUCUGACUCAGGCCCAGUUAGGCGGCUGUCUGGGCAGGACUGUAAACCGAGCUGCUGGGACUGGAAAUCGAGCCGGGAGGCAACGCCAGGGGCUCACACUCGCGGAAGGGAAGCUGCCGAGCGCCGGGGCUGCCUCUGCUAUGGCCAAAAUCGUUCUGAGGCACCUCAUAGAGACGCCGGUGCGUUACCAGGAGGAGUUUGAGGCUCGAGGCCUGGAAGACUGCAGACUGGAUCACGCUCUGUACGCACUGCCCGGGCCAGCCGUCGAGGACCUGAGGAAAGCCAGAGGCUCGCCACGGGCUCUCGCAGAGGACCCAUCCUCCACCGAGAAGCCGCCGCCGCCGGGAGAAGGCAAAUCCCGCUUCCAGAUCCUGCUGGAUGUGGUCCAGUUCCUUCCCGAGGACAUCAUCAUCCAGACCUUCGAGGGCUGGCUGCUGAUCAAGGCGCAGCACGGGACCAGGAUGGACGAGCACGGCUUCGUCUCGCGGAGUUUCACCAGACAGUACAAACUGCCAGCCGGCGUCGAGACCAAAGAUUUGUCUGCCGUCCUCUGUCACGAUGGGAUCCUGGUGGUGGAAGUGAAGGAUCCAGCAGGACCUUCUCGGUUCCCGUUCGCCCCACAGGAGGAAGUUUGUAAAUAAAAGUUGGUCUGUCUCCACAUGUGUUUAAACUGUCUGCCUCUCAUCCUGGAAGUCUAGAAGCCACUGACUUUUGGAAGAGUUAGUUUCACGCUCACCUCCCAGGGUCUGAACCACAUCCAGGUCUCAAUCUGCCCUUGACCUCAUCACUCCCUGCUUGCCUUCUAAGGUGAAGACAACACUGGAAACGUUGUGUGGACAGCAAAACAAAAGAAAGAGCACAGGCCCAGCUGGGUCUCCUCACCACCUUCUGCCCUUACAGCGGAGUACUAAGAAGCAUGCACGAAAUGCCAAAGACAUCCAGCUAUUCCAAGCUUACUGUUAGCUUCCAGUGUGUCGAUCAUAUUAGCGAUUCAGUGUACUUACAGGGCACAAGGACAGUUCUCAAAGUCACCUCCUAAGUUGUUGUUUUUGCUUAGUUUCUUGUUGUUGUUUUCUGGUUGAGUUUCCCUUGUUUUCUCUAAAUGAACGUACCUGGGCUAAUGUCUUUUACUCUCCCUUUCUCUCUCUCUCUCUCUCUCUCUCUCUCUCUCUCUCUCUCUCUCGAUUUUUCAGUCGAUGUUUCAGUAGCCCAGGCUGGCCUCCAACUUGCAGCAAUUCUACUGCUUCAGGCCUCAAGUGCUGAGGUUACAAGCUGCAGGUUACAAGCUGAGGUUACAAUCCCUUUAGCAUUUUCGGCUACACUCAUCAUUAGGCUGAGAAGAAUGACUCUCCUGCUUCACAAGGAUGUUUUCAGCAAAUAGCUACACAACACUCGUUGGCCCUCGACCCUUCCUAGAAAAAUUUUGGAUGUGAGGAAGAAAAAUGAGCUCGGUCGGGGGUUUUAAUGCUUUCCUCCUUAUAUGUUAGUCUUAAGAGUCUGUUAUAGACACAGCCUCUUGUUCCAGAGAUGAAUUCCUGUAACCUGCACAGUGGCCGCUACUAAAUAAUAAGGCGGAGAGAAGAAUUAAAAUAUUGACUUGCUGUAUUAAGAGUUUAUUAAGAAGCUGGGCGAGGCUGUGCAUGCCUGUGAUCCAGCACUCAGAUCCCAGCAGGAAGAUCUCUGUGAGUUUGAGGCCAGCCUGGUCUACAAAGUGAGUCUAGGACACUCAAGGAUACACAGGGAAACCCUAUCUCCAAAAACCAAAGAAACAAACAAACAAAAAAGAGUUUAAGAGUUAUACUUCGUCUUGCUUUUCCUUUUUCGGAUAGGGACUCCUUACAUACUCAGACUCCCACCCCCUGAGAAUAUCAGCAUGAAUCACCAGGUUCUCACACACUGCGUAUGGGCAGAACGUCUUUGUUUUAGCCAGCGGGUGCCCACAAGAUGACAGGCACAGUGUUCUACACCUGAAGAAUAAAAGGUUCCCCGCGACAGACGGUUACACUUCCUGUGUUGCUUACUGGACUGUGCACACCAAUACAGCCCCGCUCACGGAUGCUUUCCAGCCUGAAGGACCAGCACAAGGGGCGGCCAAUGUGGUGACGCACAGCGGUCCCUGUGGUGCCGCUCUCGGUGAUCAAGCGCUCUGUGUUCUUCCUGUCAUUUUUUUCUUUCUUGGUGGUGAGUAGAAACACAGACUGGCAUAUUAAAGUCAACAUGAAAAGGCAGUUUUCUCGCUUAAAAAAAAAAAGUUCCAACUUCUUUCCAUAUAUUUUCAGGUUGUGUUGUUGUGUUUUAUAAAUGUAUGGAACUCGUAGUAAAAAAUGUGUGUAACUGUAAUUUAUUAUAGAAGCCUGCUUCCUUUUGGAAGCCUUUACCCUUAACCUAUUUUAAGUGAAAUAUCACUUUCUAGUAUGUUAUUGCCACUGUAUCUUUUUUUUUCUUUAGGUUCAGUGUGAUAGUUUGUUUUUUAGUAUUUUCAGUCUAUUUGAUUGUUUGUUUGUUUGUUUGUUUGUUCACUGCUGGGGACUGGACCUAAGGCCCACACACCCAGCAGGGACUGUGUUGCUGAGGAUCUCAGCCUGGUGGUUUUCUUUGAAGAGGGUCUCAGAAGCAGCAGCAUAUGAUAGACUUAAAAAAAUGUAA